GAGGCAGGUGUCAGAGAAACCCCACCUAUGCAAUGCGACAAGACAUGGCGGAGAGGGGGGGUUCUAUGGCAUGAUGGCGCCCAGAGGACUCAACCGUUUGCCUGCCCGCUGCCGAAGACUUCUGUUGAGAAACCAAAGCCGGGGUGGAAACAGAUGGCGGGCGGCAAACAAGGGGACAAUUGCAAGAUAUAGGUACACGCCACACAAGCACCCCAUCCUCAAGGACAAGGAAAGCAAGCGACAAACUGAGCGCUGACCUUCCCGACCCCCCUCGGGUGCUUCCGACAACUUGUCCCAGCUGCAGCCCCGCCGUCUUGGGCUGGACGAUGAAGGCGGCUAGCUGUCACUUCCAUCAAUCCUCAUCCCUAGCGCGCGUUCUGCAGGUACCGUGGGUACGCUGUGUCAAAGAUCCACUGGGCCGCCCACGAGGCAUCGCGCCCUUGGUCGGCGGCUCUGUGUUGUCGCUGUCGUGGUCUGCCAGCCACCUAUGGAUGACCCCAGGGCAAAGCCCAACAAGGGGCCCAGUGGACCGUUCAGUCAACGCCAACUCUGCUUCCGGGGAGCAAUCGUCCCAACUCGGAAUGGCGGGGCACCUGCCACAAUUGAUUGGACGCCGAUCAUCUGUUGUUCCUUCCGCAAGCAGCCUCGAGUGAGCUUCUAUUCCCAAAUCCCGGUGCCCAACCCCCGGAAGCAGCCCAAAUAAAGAAAUCAAAUGCCAGUGGCUUUCUGUCUGCGCUCGCGAGACUCUCAGCUGCUUGAACCUUGUGUGAUUUUUGGUCCUUUUCAAAGCAGCAUUGCCCUCGAGACAGCGCCCCUAUUGUAUUUGAUUGCUGCAAAUUUCUAUUCAGAAUCCCUGCCCACGCUCCUCACCGACGCUUCGUCGAAGCCAAGCCUCCCCACCAUUCCUGCCAUCGGAGCUUUUGUCUACACCGCCCAUCACCACCCUCCCGCCUGCACCUCAAGCUGCCUGCAAGAUAUUGCCCUCGCUGCACCUAGGUUAGCUAGGUAGUUGUGGAACAGACCUGCCUAUAUCUCAUUUCUACAUAUUGUCUUCCCAUUGCUCUCGCCGCAUCUUGCGCCGCCACAAGGAUGCCCUUUGGGAUAUUCUCGAGCCGGUGGGCCGGCGUUUUAACUGGGAGGAUCACAAAAAAGCAAAGUCCGCCCAGCUCCUGCGACCCCGCGAAAUCUAAGGUCGCAUACCAAAAGCCAGCCCUAUCCGGUCUCUUGUCACCCCCUUCUACAAUCAAGGUUGUUCGAGAUGAUGUUGUCAUCAAGACUGAAGAGGUGGACUCGGAGGAUGAGGACGACUUUGCGUCCCCUACCAGGGACCAGAGGGUCGCGGUCGACUCGACGACCCGUUGCGACCAAGACAUCCUGCCUUCUGUGGAGCGAAGCACCAGUCCAGAAGAGAUGAUUCUGCUGCCAAGCAUCGAAACAAGUCUUCUCGGUAGACUCAGAGGAGGGAACCUCGAAAAUUCCGACGAUGGCAGCGACGAGGCUGAAUAUGGCGACAACCCUGACGGCGAAGAUCAUUCGGAUCAACGCGACGAGGAAUUCGAGCCAGAGGCAAGCCCCGACUUCCCAGCAGGCCGCUGGAAUAUUCCAGAAGAAAUUCUGGAGCAAUAUCAGGAUUUGCGGCGCGGAGUUGGAGGCUCCGAGACCUGGACAGCGACCGAGUCCCAUCUGCACAGACUCCUUGGGCUGCGGGGUCACCACCCCCUCAUGCCGGGCGAGUGGAAGCGAGACUUCACGGGGUUCAAUCUGGAGGACAUCCUCUUUGCGCCGGUCGGGUCCGGAAAUGCCGUCGCGCUGCGGACCGUCACGUCAGGGAUGAGUGCGCAAUUUCGAGCAACCAAAGCGCUUGGGCGAAUCUUUAGCCUUCCGGCACGUGUGGGCGACUUGCGCCGGGAGGGUGACGAAGACAAAUACCCCAAGCUCAUUGCCACCCUGAUAGAGAAGGAGAUCCUUCGCUACCUUUCAUGGGUCCAAAAAGACGCCGGCCUAGACAGGCUUUUCUACGCGAGCAACAUCGGCGUGUACCGUUUGAGGGAAGACAGCACCGAGGCCGAGAUAACCGAGCAGCUCAACUCUCUGAUGACCGAGUGGGCUGACGGAUACCGCGAGUGGUAUGUGGAGAUGGGUAUUAAGGGCGCCCCACGCACACUCUUCGCGCUGGUUGUACUUCAGCACAUUGUCUUUGUCAUAACGCGCGACGCCAGCGACCCCGAUGGAAAGAACCGGUUCCUGGCCCAACUUGACCUCUCGCGGUCCGAUGGUCGUUGGCUUGACCACGCCCUGAAUCUCGCCCUCCCUAUCAACCUAGCCAGGGAUGGCAUGGUGCGGGUGAUGGACAACUUCGCCGUGAAGCCCGGCGCAGACGAGGAUUCCGACCCCGAUGCCUAGGGGGCAGGGCCGUGUUAGAGGCCAGAAUGGGGCAGUGGACAAAAACUGCAUGCGUUUUAGUUGGCGGAUAUUUUCUCAUAUUUCUCGAGGCAUCUUUCUGGCCCGUUGGCGGCGUGGGCAAGGCUGUUUCGGGCCCAUAUCAUGGUUGUUUUCUUCGUUUUGUUUACUCCUGGUGUUUCUCGGGAGAGAUUUAGAUACCCCCUUUCGUUGAUGCGUUGUCACACCGGACGGCUGUUACCCAGCCUACGAGAAAUCAUUUCCCUCGGCAUCGCCGUGCAUUCAUGCAUGCUCAUUCCUCCUCGCCAAAUGGCGGUCAUUUGUCUCCUGACCUUUGGGGUCUUCUACGUUCAUGGUAUUUACGUGCGGUGUAGCCGAUAAAACCCCACCACUGGCCGAAGGAAUUUACCGGUAGCCCAGAAUGUGGUGAUUGCGUCAACGCUCCGGCGAAGAGAGUGUUGGCAGUUUUUGUUCUGGAUCCUGCCAAGAGCUGUGGCUCAGAUGGAUCGAAGGGGAAAAGGAAAGAAAGGGAGGCACAGCAGAUUCCUCAACCUCCCUGCGUCGGGGUUUCCGGGCAAAAGCUGCGUGCGGUCUUUCCAUGAUAUGAC